UGGGUAAAUACAUUUCACGUGUUUUCGUCCUGCGUGCGGGUUUUGUUUACAACUUUUAAAACCUAUACCUAGCGUUGCAUUAGCUGUUAGAGAUCAAAAUAUCAAGUAAAAUGGUCGUGCGAGCGGAGGCGUUGUUGCAGAAAAUACAAAAAGAAGAGGAAGAAAAGCUUUUGUCGAUUCAGGUUCCGAAAACCAUCGACGUUGCGAUUGACGCAGGAAAUCUUCUUGCGUGCGAUUCAAAUCCUAUUGACACAAAACAACUCCGAUCUGACAAAGAAAAUUACCUAAAGAAUCUCGCAAGGGAAGGAACACAAUUGCUAUUUAACGAAAUAUGGAAGUUACCAAUUGAAAGAGUUCAAGAUGCUGUAAUAGCAAAGGUGCCUGCGCCUACUACAGUGAUACCCAGAGAAAAACCAAUUCCUAAAGCAAAGCCACCAACUAAAUGGGAAGAAUAUGCAAAACUGAAGGGAAUCAGAAAGUUAAAGAAAGGAAGAAUGGUUUGGGAUGAUGAAUCAAAAUCCUGGAAACCAAGAUGGGGUUACAAACGAGCGAAUGAUGAUACAAAAGAAUGGGUGUUAGAAGUGCCAGCUAAUGCAGAUCCCAAUGAAGAUCAGUUUGAAAAGAAAUUAAAAGAAAAGAAGGAAAGAGUGGCAAAGAAUGAGCUGCAGAGAUUACGUAAUGUUGCUCGGAGAACUGGAAAGAAAGUUCCAGGUGUUGGAAGGACUGCUGUUGGACAAGAGAAACAAUCUAAAUUAGAACUUGAAGCUGCUUUCCAUGUUUCAAAACAAGCAACUGCAUCUCUCGGUCGGUUUCAAGAAACUUUGAAAGGAGAAAAAAAUGUUAAGAAACGUGGCCAGAAGCGAAAGUUUGAAGCUGUUACUCAGAAGUGCAACACGGAAAAAGAGAAACAGUUGAGUAUACUGAACCAAAUGUACAAAAAGUCCCCACAGUUGAAUCUCACCAAGGCCGUGAACAAAGAGAUUCAGGACGGACAAGUAAAGAAUCCGAAAGCGGGUAAAAGAAAAAACACGAAACCAGCCAAGUCAAAAGCUGGUGGAAAACGUCCAACGCGGGGCAAACGUUGAUCGAUGUUUAAUUUGUUUGUAACAAUUUUUCUUUCCGGUUAAGAUGCUGUCAUAAACGAAAUACAAACAGUAAACACGCAA